CAAACUUCAAACUUCAAAGUGGCGUUUCAUUUUCAUAACAAAAUUAAUUUAGAACUGUAAAAAAUAAUAUUCCAUAAUAUAAAAUAUUCUUACUUAAAUAUGAUGACUGAAUAGAUAAUUAAUGAAAAUGUUUAGAAUAUUAAAUAAGAGAAUUUUAUAUGGAACGACAUUGCGUUUAACACCAGCGCUCGCAAUUCCAUUUUUUGACCACCGUAAUGAACAUGAUUACAAUUUACUUGAUAAAUCCAUUCAAGAAGCCCCAGAAACUGGAUGGGAAAGGGUUAAGCAAAUGUACAGAAGAAAUGAAUAUGAUGAUUUUUCUAUAGAAUUACACAGUAUCGCACAAGCGUCUAUGAGUGGCAUAUUUUUUGGCGCUUGCUAUGGAGGUUUUAUGAAAUCCAGGGAUGCUUAUUUCUAUUUCAUAGAAAAUAAUCAAGCUGCAGUAUUUAAUUCUACAUUUCAAGCGAAGAGGAAACUGCAGGAUUAUGUCACAGUAGCAUUUGCUAAGGGAGCACUAAGAUGGGGCUGGAGACUGGGAAUAUUCAUCGCAAUGUACAGCUCAAUAGCAACAACCAUAUCAGUUUAUAGAGACAAGAAUUCAGUGCUGGAAUAUGUGGUAGCUGGUGCAAUAACAGGGGCAGUGUAUAAAGCUAAUUUGGGGUUAGCUGCAAGUCUGGUUGGUGCUGGAUUAGGAUCUGCUCUAAGUCUGGUGGGUGGUUUAGUAAUCGUAGGCUUGUUGAAGAUCAGUGGUGUAACAAUGGAUGAUAUAAGAAAAUCACUAUACAAAAUUAAGCAGGCCAGGGAGGAAGUAUACAACGAAUGUGUUGAAGCCAGUGCUAAGGAAAAGAAUGAUGAUCUUACAAAACACCAUGACGUGUUAGUUCAAGAAAAAGGUAUCAAGAAAAUAGAAGAGAUUGCCUAAAUAAUAUUCAUUAAUAUUUAUACUGUAGUGUACAAAAUGUAAAUAAUAAAAAUAAUAUGGAAUUAAA